GCCAAACAGCUAUCCGUGGAAUAUCAGAAUCUGACUCCCUCCGUUCUUAUAUUUGUUUUGUGUCUCAUACCACAUUAAAGAUAUGAGAGAUGCAGCGCUCCAAGGCUAAAUAGCUAGAAAACACUAAUUCAGACUUGAAUAUUCUUCAGAGAGAGUGUGGGGCAAUCCUAGGGAUCAGAGGAAGCACCAUCCUGAGGGAGACCAAAGCCAAAUGGUUUUCACAGGACUCCUCCUUCUGGCUGUCUUGCUUUCGCCUGCACUGGCUGGACCAUGGGCUACCAUAUGUGCUGGCAAGUCUUCCAAUGAGAUCAGGACAUGUGACGGCCACGGCUGUGGCCAGUACACGGCUCAAAGAAACCAGAGGCUUCACCAGGGUGUGGAUGUCUUGUGCUCGGAUGGAUCUACUGUGUAUGCACCUUUCACCGGAACGAUUGUGGGCCAGGAGAAACCUUAUAAAAAUAAAAAUGCCAUCAAUAAUGGUGUUCGGAUCUCUGGAAGAGGUUUCUGUAUUAAAAUGUUCUACAUUAAGCCAAUUAAAUAUAAAGGCUCUAUCAAGAAGGGAGAAAAACUGGGCACUUUAUUGCCCUUGCAGAAAGUUUAUCCUGGCAUACAAUCUCAUGUACACAUUGAAAACUGUGACUUGAGUGAUCCUACUGUGUACCUAUAAAUGGAAGACAACCAUAUCUUCUAAAGACAGAGCCAACUUCUUAAAACCUGGGUGGAUAUCCCGCUUUUCAAGAGAUCUGUGUUCAAACAGAAACAUGAUGAAUGCAAGAAAGAAACAAGAAUAUUGAUUUCAA